GCUGAAACCAAUCAGACUGAACUAUUAAUAAUUAACUUGAAAUGUGAUUGUUCAUUGAUGACGUUUGAGUUCUGGUGUUAACCUGAUGAUAUUUAUUACAGCUCCCUAACUGAUGUUCGCGUUCAUUAAAAUUUCCGUAUUUUGUAGAGUGACGACACAGGGUGUGAAGACGUCAGGAGGUUUGGAAGGCAAGAAAUGUACUCCACUUGACGUUCCGUUGAUGAUUAUACCAGGUUGUGUAUUAGUUCCUUUCCGUAAAGUUCUCAGAAUGGAGACUUUUCCAGUUAAACUUUCUCAGCAGCCUAAAGGUUUCCAGCAGUUUAACAGAAUCCCACUGACAAGACAGGCCAAUGAAGUGAAACACGGUGGCGACAGUGACGAACUUUUGAGGAGUGCUAAGACUCCGACAUCACCAAUGCGUAAGAAUUCACAAUUUGCCAAUGAGAGAAGUACGCAUUGUGGGAGACAGAGUGUGAAUUUGCAGAAUAACCCCGAGACGAAUCUGGAUGCAAGCGCUAUUGUCCAACCUGGAGGCACUUGGAAUAUAGGAAUGGGGGGAAGUUGGAAUAUCCAGACCACACAUGGAGAACAGUGGAUCAGAAUUGCCUGAAUGGUGUGCUCUAGAUGAUGACAUUAUCAGUGCAAUAAUUUGAC